GGGAGCCGAGGACGGGGCGGGGCGGGAGCCGGGAACAGAUGUCCGGAAAAAGAGCCUAUCUUUCGUUAUCUACUCUGCAUGGGUGGGAAUCUUCCCAGUUUUUUCCAGUAAAGCGAACAGGCGCCGAGCGACGACCCCGCGGUCCCAGACACUUGGGCACUCUCGGGAGAUGCCCCGCCCACUCGGAGCCACGUGGUCGGCCGCAGGCUUGCACCGCUCCGGCUGCUGGAACUGCGCGUUGUUCCGGCCUCGGGAUGGAGGGGACCCAGUCCGGCGGUGAGCGGGCGUGCGGACGGGGUGCUGUUCGGUUCUCUUGUCCCCGCAACUUUACUGCAAUCCGCUCAGCCUCAGAGCCCUCCCGCCUCUCCCUGGAGACACUCACAGGCCCGGAUACAGAGCUGUGGCUGAUCCAGGCCCCUGCAGACUUUGCCCCAGACUGCCUCAAUGGCCGGCUGGUGCCCCUCUCUGGCUCCCACAUCGUCAAGGGCAAGUUGGCUGGCAAGCGGCACCGGUAUCAGGUCCUCGGCACUAGUGACCCCCUGGCUGGGGAAGCCACCCUGCUGGCUCCCUCCGCACAGGCGGGAGGUGGACUCACCUGUGCCCCCGCCCCCCAGGGCAGCCUAAGGAUCAUUGAAGGUCCCCAGGAACCCCUGUCAGGGCUCCCUCUGCAGCCCAUUCCAACAAGCCCCCCGCCACAGAUCCCCCCUGGCCUGAGGCCCCGUUUCUGUGCCUUCGGAGGCAGCCCACCAGUCACAGGGCCUGGGUCGCCCUUGGCACUGAAGUCACCCUCCUCAGGGAAGAGGAAGAAAAGGCAGGUGCCAGAAGGCUGUACUGCUCAAGUGGCAGUGAAUGGGCACGCAGUCCCGGAGGUAGAGACGGAAAUGGAUGUGGGGAAAAAGAAGAAGAAAAGAAAGCACCAGCUGGAAGAACCAGGGCUGAUGGAGCCUGCGGGGACAGAGCCCAGGUCUGAGAUGUCAGAGCCUCUGGGAGUACUGGUCCCACCCACCUCUAAGAAGCACAAGAGGCAGCCCAAAGAGGCAGAAACCGUGCAGCCAACAGAAAGGACAGCAGAGCUGGACUCUGUAGCCAAAACCGAGUCUCCCAAAGAGGCGGCCCUCUCCCCCACCAAGAAGAGAAAGAGGCAGACGGAGGUGGAAGGGAUGCAGCUGGAGGGGGUGACAGUGCAGUCUCAACCACAGGUGACAGGGGAGCUGCAGGAGGAAGCCAUCCCUGCGAAGAAGAAGAAGAAGAAGAAAAAAGAAAAGAGGCCAGAGGUGACCAUGGAGCCAGGGACUGAGGCAGUGGAGCCAGGGGUGAGAUCUCUGGCGCCCCAUGGGCAGAUAAUGGAGCCAGAACUGCCACAGGAAGUUGAGCCUCAGUACGAGGCGACCCUGGAGUCCACCAAAAAGAGGAAGAAAAAAGAAAAGCGGCAAAAUGUGAUGCUGGAGCCAGGGGCAGAGGUGGUGGAGCCUGAGCCGCCAGGGGACCUGGAACCUCAGGCAGCGCUGGCAUCCACCAAGAAGAAGAAGGACAGGGAGCAGAAAGUGGGGGAGCCCAGGACUGAGCUGAGCGACCCACCAAGGGAGGCGGGAGAGCCUGAGCAGCCGGGUAAGGGAGAGCCCCAUGCCGGGGCAGCCCUGGGAUCCACCAGGAAGAAAAGGAAGCGGGGUGAGGAAAACAGGGUGCCAGAGUCAGCAGAGGAGAUGCCAGAGAUAGCCCCCCCAGAGGGGAUGCCAGAGAUAGACCCCCCAGAGGACAUACCAGAACUGCCGCUGAAUCUGGAGACUAGGGAGGUGGCUCCCGCAGAAAAAAAGAAGAAGCGGAAGCAGCAGCCACAGCUGGAUCCUGUGUAGCCUCCCAGGGACACUGAGGAGCUAAAAAAGGCUGAAGGUGA